AUGGCCUAUGCGGACAAUGGAGCACCGAAGGAACCGGUGGAAAAUGAAAAACAGGGUAGUUGUGCUCAUUGCAACAGACCUGACUCCUACGACAACUACGUUCAGUGUGACCGCUGUCAUGCCUGGUGGCAUUAUUUGUGCGCUGGCGUAAAUGACUCAGUAGCCGACCGGUCGUUCACGUGUGAAGCUUGUUCCCCCGUCAGUGUGUCAUCUCGCGCAUCCUCAUCUAGCAGCAGGGUAGCAGCGAUGCAAAUUCGCCUGCGGGAAAUGGAAGAACAGUUUAAAAAGGCUCGGCAGGAGCUCGAGAAUGAACGACAAGCAUUCGAAAAGGAGAGGAAAUUACUACAACAAGAAAAGGUAAACGACCGCCGUGACGAUCAACGGACCGCCGAAUGGGUCGAGGCACACGGCGGAUACGGGACUAGCGCCAAAGGUCAAACAGCCGACCGGGAAGCAGCUGCAGCUACCGACCCACAUCGCCAGGGAAAUGUACAGGACGUAACCUCCCUCAACCCAGCCGCUAUUUCUUCGGCAAUGCAAGCGGCAAUCAACGCAGCGGUACAAGCGGCCGUGCAAGCGGCAUUCCAAACGGCCAAUCCUACUCGGAUUCAUCAGCAACCGUCUGGUUCCGAAGCGCCGCCUCGAUAUACGGGAGCGGUUCCUAAAUCGAAGCCCAAAGAUCUCUCUUCUACCAGGAUUGGGAAUGAUGAAGUAGGUAGCCUACAAAAAGGUAAACAAGAUACUCCUUCCCCCCCCGAAAAACCAUCAGGUAAGUCGCUCAAAAAUCAAACUCUCACCUCAAAUUACGAUCAGUGGAUCCAAGAAAUUACGAAAAGGUUCGGCAAUACCAACCUAGGCCACCCUACGGCCCCUGAAAUGCCUUCCGUUGGAACUGUCCCUUUGCAACCAGGGCAGCCGGCGAAAUCCAUUCAAAUUUCUACUUCGGAAUGGAACAAAGUUACCAAUGAUGUGCCAAAACUUGAUGUCACUCUUGGCACUGGCCCAAAUUUCAAUAAUUUGAACCUUCCAACUCAGGCAAACGUAUACCCAGUCUCUGUCAAUGCCUUGGGAUCCUUGGGUACGCCGUCAUACAUUCCCACCCCCUCGCAGCUAGCCGCAAGGCAAGUGAUGCCCCGCGAUUUACCGUCGUUCAAUGGUGAUCCCGCGGAUUGGCCCAUGUUCAUAAGUAGUUUUGUCAAUACAACGCUCGCGUGUGGUUAUACCAGUGCAGAAAAUCUUGCUCGUUUGCAACGGAGUUUAAAAGGUGAUGCGUAUGAGGCUGUCAGGAGCCGCCUGUUGCUUCCGGAUACUGUUCCCCAGGUGCUGAACACGUUGCAGUUACUGUAUGGACGUCCGGAGCUGCUGAUAAAUGCGCUUCUUCAGAAGGUUCGAUCGGUUCCAGCCCCGAAAGCAGAAAAACUCGAGACGCUAAUAGAGUUCGGUAUGGCAGUUCAAAGUCUUUGCGACCAUCUGGAAGCGGCUGGUCAGCAUACUCAUCUCUCUAAUCCAACGCUGCUGAUGGAGUUAGUAGAGAAGCUCCCUGCCCACACGAAAAUGGAGUGGGCAUCCUUUCUGCAAAGAUGCCCGGAGGUGAACCUGCAGAGCUUUGGUGUGUUCAUGUCGUCGAUCGUGAUUUCAGCCACAAAAGUGACGGGUUAUGCUGCCGGACUCAAACCGAGUACAUCGGACAAGUACAAAGGGAAGCCAAAAGGAUUCAUCAACGCCCAUGACGGAAACGGAGAAGAAAAGGUGCAAGAAGAUAGAGUGUGUUGUGUAUGUGACGAAUCAGGGCAUCGUGUGACAGAAUGUGAAUUAUUCAGAUCAUUUUCCGUGAACGGCCGAUGGAAGUGCGUGCAGUCCAACGGACUGUGCCGUAACUGUUUGAACGCUCAUGGGAGGAGAAGCUGCCGCUACAGCAGAUGUUGUGGAGUCGGAGGGUGUGAGUUUCGUCAUCAUCCUCUCCUGCACUCGGAUCGAAGCACCAGGACGUCAUAUGAUGGAACGCCCAAGGGAACCGCAAGCAACAACACUCAUCGACCCGCGAAGCAAUCUACGUUAUUCCGCAUUGUUCCUGUUACGCUCUACGGCCCGAAAACUUCAGUCAAGACCUACGCAUUUCUCGAUGACGGCUCGUCAUUCACGCUUGUCGAGGAAGAGCUUAUAAAUGAACUAGGAAUUAGGGGAUCAUCGAUGCCUCUUUGUCUGACGUGGACCGCUAACAUGACACGAUCAGAAUCCAACUCGGAGGUAGUACACCUAUCGAUAACUGGUACGGGUGACAAGAAACGGAUGGAAAUGAUUGCCCAUACAGUGCAGAAUCUUGGUCUUGCUAGUCAGAACUUAAAUUAUGGCGAUCUCGUCAAGAGGUUCCAGCACCUUAAAGGUCUGCCGAUAACCAGUUACAAGAAUGCUGUACCGCGGUUGUUAGUGGGCGUGGACAACUUAAAUUUGACUGUGCCGCUGAACAUGAAAGAAGGUGCAAGAUACGAGCCGGUUGCGGUGAAGACCCGAUUAGGAUGGUGCAUCUACGGAGGAGAAGACCACAGUUCAUCGUCGAAUGUGGUGAAUGUGCACACUUGUUCUUGUGUAGGGGAUCGAGAAUUACAUAAUCUGGUGAAGGAAUACUUUACCGUGGAAGACGUUGGGGCGAAAUCAGAGGUGGCGUUGGAAUCAACAGACGAUCAAAGGGCCCGGAUGAUUCUCCAGGAAACCACAAAAAGGGUAGACGGGCGAUACCAAACAGGGCUUCUGUGGAAGUACGACAUAAUCGAGUUCCCUGAUAGUUUUAAUAUGGCGUUGAAGAGACUCGAAUGCCUCGAGAGGAGGAUGAAUCGUGACCCGAAACUGAAAGAAAACAUCCACCGCCAACUAGUGGAGUAUCAAGCUAAAGGUUACGCAAGGGCAGCAACUCAAGCUGAACUCGAUCGUGCUGAUCCCAGGCGGGUAUGGUAUCUGCCACUGGGAGCAGUAGUUAAUCCCAAAAAACCGGGCAAAGUAAGGCUCAUAUGGGAUGCUGCUGCCAGUGUUGAGGGUGUUGGUGUAACCAGCCACAGGGCGCUGACGCACUGGAUCAUACCAGCCCCCAGACACAGGGCCAUCAGAAUAAUUAAGUAG